AUGGCAGACACGUCGGCGACCGUGGCGAGGCUGCGCGAGUCCCUGUGCUCCGAGGCGACCCCGCUGCCCAUCCGCUUCCGCGCCCUCUUCUCGCUCAAGCACGUCGCCCGCAACGGCUCCGAGGCCGAGUCGAAAGAGGCCAUCGACGCCAUUGCCGCCGCCUUUGUCUCGCCCUCUGCCCUCCUCAAGCACGAGCUCGCCUACUGCCUCGGCCAGAGCAACAACCAGGAUGCCAACGAGCCCCUCAAGAAGGUCCUCGCCGACCUCCAGGAGGACCCCAUGUGCCGGCACGAGGCUGCCGAGGCCCUGGGCGCGCUGGGCAGCCAGGACAGCCUGCAGAUCCUGCGCGAGUUCAGGGACCGCAAGGGCGAGGACGUGUGCAUCACACAGACGUGCGAGAUCGCCAUCGACCGGAUAGAGUGGGAGAAUUCUGAACAGCGCAAGGCCGAAAAGUUGCACCAGAGUGACUUUGCAUCGGUAGAUCCCGCCCCUCCAAUGCCCGAGUCCAGCGCCACGGUCGAAGAUCUCGAGAAGCAGCUCAUGGACACGUCGGCGCCGCUCUUUGUGCGCUACCGCGCCAUGUUUGCCCUGCGCGAUCUCGCCUCUCCUCCCGACCUACCCACUUCCACCCCUGCGGUGCUCGCCCUGGCAAAGGGUCUGAGCGACUCGUCCGCGCUCUUCCGCCACGAGAUUGCAUUCGUCUUCGGCCAGCUGUCGCACCCGGCAUCGAUCCCGGCUCUGACCGCUUCGUUGGCGAAUGUGGAGGAGGCGAGCAUGGUACGCCACGAGGCGGCCGAGGCGCUGGGCAGUCUUGGUGACGAGCCAGGCGUCGAGGAGACCUUGAGGAGCUUCCUCAACGACAAAGAAAAAGUCGUCCGGGAGAGCGUCAUAGUCGCACUCGACAUGGUCGACUACGAGCAGUCGGGUCAGACCGAGUACGCCCUCAUCCCCGAGUCUGCGCAGUCUGUUGCUGCUUAA